AUGGGCUGCAAACUAUCACCGCUGUUAGCCAACGUUUUCAUGAGCGAUUUCGAAGAGGCCGCGGGAAAAGAGAAUUAUUUCCCACGAGUAUGGAAAAGAUACGUGGAUGAUGUUUUUGCCCCGGUGAAGGAACGCUACCUACCCCAAACAUUAGAUCUGCUCAACUCCCGCCACAACUCAAUCAAAUUUACGGUAGAGCGGGAAGUUGAGGGUAAAUUGCCCUUCCUAGACCUGAUGAUCACCCGAAAGGAGGAUGGCACAUUGAAGUUUGGGAUCUACAGAAAACCGACGUCUACCGACCGUUAUAUAACGUCCGAUUCCAACCACUUUGGGGGACAAAAACAAGCAGCCUUUCAUGCCAUGGCCCACCGGUUGUUUAAUGUGCCAAUGGAAGCCGAGGAGUUUGCCAAAGAACAGCAACAAAUAUACAAAGCAGCAGAAAUAAAUGGCUACGACAAAAGAUUCGUGGACAAAAUUCUAGGAAAACAAAAACGCAAACAAGAGAAACAACAAAUCACCACACUAUUGCCCGGAAGUAGUGAAAUAAAAAGGAUCAGUUUACCAGUUCAUCAGUUUGGGGUAGUAGUUACCCCAAACGAAAACACAUUGCGGGACUUGCUAUGCAAUUUAAAAGACAAAGUUCCCCCAGAUGAGCAUUCCGGAAUAUACCGGAUUCCAUGCCAGAAUUGUCCCUCGGUGUAUAUCGGGCAAACUCGACACAAGGUGAAAGUGCGAAUCAAAGAACAUAAACACGCCGUUGAUAAUGCAAAGUCCUGCGAAUCUAGUGUAGCCGCCCACACCGUAACUUUAGACCACCAAAUAGACUGGAAAAACGCGAAAAUUAUUAAAAAUGUAAGAAAAACGUCCCACUUAAAUGCUUGGGAAUCGCUUCACAUCAGUAAUUCGACAGAACCGCUGAUGAACGAAGACGAUCCCCCCAUCACAUCCUGCCUAUUUAACAUACUAAAGCGGAGAAUCCCGUAG